AUGGCUACCAAAGAAACUUCAUUCAACGAGUCCGAUCUCGAACAAGGUUCACCAUCAGUUUAUUCUGAAGAAUACGAAUAUGAAUCCAAUCCAAUCAAAAGAUUUGCCCAAGGAUUCAAAAGAAUCGAUUUAAAAGAUGAUGGAUAUGAUACUUCAGAAAUGACUGAUUUGGAAAAAUCCAUUUAUGCUACUGCUAAACAUCCAUUAUCAAGAAGAUUACAACCAAGACAUAUUCAAAUGAUUGCCUUAGGUGGUUCUAUUGGUACCGGGUUAUUCAUUGGUAAUGGUUAUGCUUUAAGUUAUGGACCUGCCAAUUUACUUUUAAGUUAUUCAUUUGUUGGGUUUGUCAUUUAUUUAGUGAUGAAUGCUUUAGGUGAAUUAGCCUGUCAAUUCCCAGUUUCUGGGGCUUUUACUGCUUAUUUCACAAGAUUUGUUGAUCCUUCUUGGGGGUUCGUUUUAGGUAUUUUAUACUCUUGUUCAUGGUUAGUUUCAUUCCCUUCAGAAUUGAUUGCUUGUUCAAUUACUAUGCAAUAUUGGACUACCUCAGUUAAUCCAGCUGUUUGGGUAGCUAUCUUUUAUAUUAUUAUUGUUUCCAUCAAUAUGUUUGGUAUUAAAGGUUAUGGUGAAGCUGAAUUUGUGUUAUCCUUCAUUAAAGUGUUAGCUGUUAUUGGAUUCAUCAUUUUAGGUAUUUGUAUAAUUUGUGGUGUUGGAAAAGAAGGUUAUAUUGGUGGUAAAUAUUGGACAAAUCCAGGAUCUUUUAAUUAUGGAUUUAAAGGUUUCUGUCAAAGUUUAAUCACUGCAGCUUUCUCUUAUGGAGGGGUUGAAUUAGCUGCUUUAGCUGCUGCUGAAACUGAAAACACUAGAAAAGCUUUACCAAGAGCUAUUAAACAAGUUUUCUGGAGAAUUUGUGUUUUCUAUUUCUUAACUGCCAUUGUUAUUGGAUGUUUAGUUCCUUAUACUGAUGAAAGAUUAUUAAGUGCUACCUCAUCUCAAGAUAUCAGUGCUUCACCUUUCGUUAUUGCCAUUAAUAAUGCUGGUAUUAAAGUUGUUCCUCAUAUAAUGAACGCUGUUAUCUUAGUGGCAGUUGUUUCUGUUGGUAAUUCAUCAGUUUAUGGAUGUUCUAGAACUAUUGCUUCAUUAGCUGCUCAAAAAUUAUUACCAAGUUUUGUUGGUUAUGUUGAUAGAGAAGGUCGUCCAUUAGUUGCUAUAAUGAUUACCAAUGCUUUUGGUUUAUUAGGCUUCUUGGUUGUUAGUGAAGAUGAAGAUGAAGUUUUCAGUUGGUUCUUCUCUGUUUGUUCAUUAUCUUCAUUCUUUACUUGGUUUGCUAUUUGUUUAACUCAUGUUAGAUUUAGAUGGGCUUUAGAUUAUCAAAAGAGAGAUAAAGAUGAAUUAAUCUUCCCUGCUCCAACAGGUAUCUAUGGUUCAUACCUUGGUAUGGUAUUAUUAUUAUUCAUUAUUGCUUGUGAAUUAUAUGUUUCUAUUCUGCCACCUGAUGGGUCACCAGAUGCUGAAGCUUUCUUCAAGAAUUGUUUAUCAUUACCUUUAUUAUUAGUAAUGUGGGCUUGUCAUAAGACUUACUAUAGAACUUGGGGUUCUUUAUAUGUCAAAUUAGAAGAUAUUGAUAUCGAUACCGGUAGAAGAGAAGUUGAUGUUGAGUUCUUGAAACAAGAUUUAGCUGAAGAAAAGCAACUCAUCGCUUCAAAGCCUUUCUACUAUAGAGUUUAUAGAUUUUGGUGUUAA